AUGGCGAUGCGAGGUUUGACGCAGUUCAUCGGAGACAUCCGAAACUGUGCAAACAAGGAAGAGGAGAGAAAACGUGUCGACAAGGAGAUGGCCAACAUCAGGAAGCACUUCAAGGAAGCCACCAAACUGACAGCGUACCAGAAAAAGAAAUAUGUUUGGAAGAUGCUGUACAUCUACGUAUUGGGCUAUGAAGUGGAUUUUGGGCACAUGGAAGCUUUGAAUCUCAUCACUGCGCAAGGAUACAGCGAAAAAAUGGUGGGAUAUCUUGCUUGUGUCUUGUUACUCAGCGAGACGAACGAAUUUCUUCGCCUUAUCAUCAACAGUGUCAAGAAUGACCUGAUGUCUGCAAACGAAGAGAUCCAAGGCCUGGCUUUGGCGUGUGUUGCCAAUGUUGGUGGACGUGAGUUUGCUGAAACCCUGGCGGGAGAUGUUCAGAGAAUCCUGCUUUCAAACCAUUCACGACCACAAGCCAGAAAGAAAGCGGCACUUUGCAUGCUCCGCUUGCUUCGAAAAUAUCCAGAUGCAUUCGGUGAAGAUGGAAUUGGUGGAAAUCAGGACCAAAGAGAUUCUCUCUACGAUCUUCUGGAAGACCCCUCGCUUGGAGUUGUAACCGCGACCAUGUCGUUGCUCAUUGGCUUGGUCUCGCACAACCCAGAACUUUGGACUGACUCUGUGAACAAAUGCUGCAAACUUCUAUCGAAAUUGAAUCAUCCCAACGCAGCUAAAGAGUUUGGUCAAGAAUACGUGUAUUACAAGACCAUCAACCCCUGGCUCCAGGUCAAAAUACUCCGUUUGUUGCAGUAUUAUCCUCCACCUGAGAGACAUGAAGUCCACACCAAGCUUUGUGACGUUCUCCUACAUAUCAUAUCUGAUGCACAAAUGCAGAAGAACGUGAACACGAAUAACUCGGCCCAUAGUGUUGUAUUUGAGGCAAUCAAUUAUGUUAUCCACAUGGAAACAAACAAAGAAUUGAUAUCUUCUGCAGUCAGUAUGCUGGGACAGCGAAUGACUGCAUCAAAUCAACCAAAUUAUCGCUAUUUGGCUCUUGAUGCAAUGCAAAGAAUGUCUCAUAUUCCAGAUGCUGCUCAACAGUUCAAGAAGCACCAGGAAACUAUUAUCAAAUCGCUGAAAGACAACGAUGUUUCGCUCAGACGAAGGGCGUUGGAUGUUCUGUACUCGAUGUGCGACAGCAAGAAUUCUGAACAAGUAGUGGGUGAGCUUCUAGACUAUUUGCAGGGAGGCGAUUAUGCUAUCAGGGAGGAAUUAGUUCUUCGUGUCGCCAUCCUUGCAGAACGUUUCUCGCCGAACCUGCAGUGGUACGUGGACACUAUUCUUAAGCUCAUGACUCUUGCUGGUGACUACGUUUCCGAUCACAUUUGGAUGCGAGUUGUGCAGAUCGUAACCAAUAAUGAGGAGUUGCAGCUAUAUGCGGCUGAGACAUGCUAUCGAUCUCUGAAGAGUGAGUCAGUGCAUGAGAGUAUGAUCAAAUGUGGUGGGUACAUCCUUGGAGAGUUCGGUCAUCACAUUGCUCACAAGAACGAAACUUCGCCUGACAAUCAGUUUAUGAUCUUGAAAGAGAAAUUUCAUGCGUGUGAGCAGUGGGAGACAAAACAGAUUCUGAUCAGCUCUUGCGUGAAGCUCGUGAAUGUUCAUCCGCAAAUCAAAGGGGCUGUGGUGGAACUCCUCAAGAAGCACACAACUACUAUCGACGCUGAGCUGCAGCAGCGUGCAAUCGAAUACCUUGCGCUAACUGCUCCUGGGAAAGAGACCAUGUUGGAAACUGUGCUGGAUGUCAUGCCGAACUUCCCAGAGCGAGAGAGUAUUCUCACAAAGAAGAUCAAGGAGCGAGAGCGUGUUUCAACGACUGAUAGGACAGCAGCACAGAUCAAGAGUGAACAAAACAAGGACGAUGAAGAUGGUCCACAAACUGUUGACUUGUCUGCUAGUGCUGUCAAGUCAAGCGCAAGCAGAGCAAAGUCUCAACUCUCUCCGUCGCAGAACCCUCACAACGACUUGCUUGACCUUACGGCCGAGGAGCCUUCGCACAUGGGCGGCGGCGGCGGCGGCGGCGGCGGUGGAAAUCUUGACGAUUUACUUGGAGCUCCAUCACAGCCUGCUGCAACCCAGAAGUCUCAGAACUUGGGUGGACUGGACGAUCUGCUCGGAGGCGGUUCGCCACCACCACCAGCCCACGGCGCCCAGCAGGGCAGCCUAAUGGAUGAUAUGCUGGGAUUGGGAAUUUAUGAAGAUCCGAUCAUCAACGUUCAGGCGCAACUUGCAGUUCAGGGGAAUGUUGCGAAAAUUUUGCUGCGUUACACAAACAAAUCCUUUUCGGAGAUCUCUGCAUUCAAGACUGCAGUGCAGCAGGUAAAAAUCCCAGCGAUGUUGUUCCAAGUGCAAGACGCAGCCACCUCCAUUGCACCCAACGCGACUAUAACACAACAAGUCCAGAUGCAGGCCAAGACCUACUUCUCGGAACCCCCCAAGCUCGCCUUGUCUUUCUCAGCCCAAGGAAGUCCGCGGCAAGUUACAACCUGGCUUCCGGUUCACGUCUGCAAGUUUCAGCAGCCGGUCACAUGCAACAAAGAUCAGUACUUUGCAGUCUGGGGUAAAAUCACAGGGGCGCCAAACGAGUCUGUCAACGUGUUCAAAUCUCCUCGUCCGAUCGUCAGGACUGAUGUAGAGAAUGUGGUCAAGACCAUCAACUACUCGGCUCUGCAAGGAGUGGACCCCAACCCCAACAACGUAUGCGGCGCGGCAAAGAUCAACCUUGGCGCAGGGGACGUCUACUGCGUGAUCCGUCUAGAGAUUGAUUCGGCCCAACAAGCGUACAAGCUUACAGUGAAGACCAACAACGCUCAGGUGACUAGAGAGGGGGGAUGGGGGUGCAAUGCUCUCUAA